CAACUGGCAUUCGACACUCGACAGACGUCAGACGUCAUUUUCUGUUCCACUGCAGUGGAAAUCGAUUUUUUGAUAGUAAUUCGUUAUUAUUAAUUUUUGUUACAAGGAAAAUAAUUUAUUCAAUAACAAAAUGUCCCAAAUAACAACAAAAAGUGGUGACAAAAAUCAGGAUGAGAAACUCCUGAUGCCAUUCACAUACAUCCAACAAGUCCCGGGGAAACAGAUACGUUCCAAGCUCACCCUGGCCUUUAACUAUUGGUUGAGAGUAAGCGAUGAGAAACUCCGUGCCAUCGGUGAGAUAGUACAGAUGUUACACAACUCAAGCUUAUUAUUGGACGACAUACAAGACAAUUCCAUUCUACGUCGAGGUAUUCCAGUGGCGCAUUCCAUUUAUGGUAUAGCGAGCACUAUUAAUGCAGCUAAUUACGUCAUAAUCAUCGCCCUUGAAAAGACUUUGCAGCUUGGACAUCCAAUGGCUACCGCUGUGUAUACCGAACAAUUGCUGGAGUUGCACCGAGGUCAAGGUAUAGAGAUAUACUGGAGGGAUAAUUUCCAAUGUCCGACUGAAGAGGAAUAUAAGGAGAUGACAAUGAAAAAGACGGGCGGUCUUUUCAUGUUGGCGAUUCGCUUGAUGCAGCUCUUUAGCGAUAACAAAUCGGACUUCAGCAAACUGUCAUCAAUCCUCGGUCUAUAUUUUCAAAUAAGAGACGACUAUUGCAAUUUGUGCUUACAGGAGUACUCCGAGAACAAGAGCUAUUGCGAAGAUCUGACGGAAGGUAAAUUCAGUUUUCCCGUCAUACACGCGAUACAAAAUCAGAAAGGGGAUAACCAAGUACUUCAUAUUCUCAGGCAACGCACGAGAGACGUAGAAGUGAAGCGUUACUGCAUCUCACUCCUGGAGAGGUUUGGAAGUUUCCAAUACACGCGGGAUCGUUUGCAGGAGCUCGACAACGAGGCCAGAGCUGAGGUCAAACGUUUAGGUGGUAAUCCACAUCUGGAAGAGUUGUUAGACGAACUGCUCAGCUGGCGACGAGACAAGAAACCUGCCAUCAAUGAAGAAUAAGUUAAAAAUUAAUGUUUUCUUUUCAUGAUUUAAGCUUCUGUUCGUAUUAACGUUUGUGGAAUACACACACAGUUUGCUCUUUACAUGAAAAACCAUCGAUUAAGAACUACAGGAAGAGCAUGGUUGUAUGUUUUAAUAGAAACUGUUGCUAAAUAUUCAGAGAAUUACUAAUAAUUCAAUCUCUUAAUAAUAUGUCAUU